AUUUGCCGCUUCUCCUAACUCUCGACAACGAUAGUCGCGUCUUCAAAACGAGCUGCAGUCGUACUUUGAUCCGAAGUUGGUUGUCAGCUUCGGCGGGUUGUCAGUCGCAGAUGAAUGUUUAAAUGGACGUUCAUUCCUUAGAAUCACAAUUGAAACAAUUUUUCAACAAUGUUAGAAGGAGUGAAACACGUUGUUUUAGUGUUAUCGGGUAAAGGAGGUGUCGGGAAAUCAACUGUAAGCACUCAGUUGGCACUGACAUUGAAGGAAUCUGGAUUUAAGGUCGGUUUAUUAGACGUUGAUUUAUGCGGUCCAAGUAUACCGUAUUUGUUACAUUUGGAAGAUAAAGAUGUUCACCAGUCAACAAAGGGAUGGGUUCCAGUUUAUGCAGACAAAGAGCAAAGACUAGCAGUUAUGUCUAUAGGAUUCCUUUUAAAAAAUCGUAAUGAUGGUGUUGUCUGGCGUGGACCAAAGAAAACUGGAAUGAUCAAGCAGUUUUUGAUGGAUGUUGUGUGGGAAGACAUAGAUUAUCUAAUUAUUGACACACCGCCAGGAACCUCAGACGAACACAUUACAGUCAUGGAAAAUUUGAGGUCAGUAAAAUGCGAUGGAGCAGUCAUUGUUACUACACCUCAGGCAGUGGCAGUGGAUGAUGUAUUGCGAGAAGUAACAUUUUGCCGCAAAACUGGCAUCCCAAUUAUUGGCAUAGUGGAAAAUAUGAGCGGUUUUGUCUGCCCAACUUGCUCGGAAUGCAGUAACAUAUUUUCAUCUGGUGGUGGGCAAUCUCUUGCCGAAAUGGUGAAAGUUCCAUACUUAGGAAGAAUUCCGAUUGACCCCGCAGUUGGUAGACUCGCAGAUAAAGGUCAGAGUAUUUUGGUCACGCUUCCCGAUAGUGAGCUUGCCAGAAUUUUCAGAAAGCUAAUCGAACAGAUCACCAGAAGCAAAGAAGCUUAACAUAUUCUGGACCUGAGUGACUUUCCGUCUAUAAAAGGUUUAAUUUCUCCUUGCGAAGUGGUUAACAUUUAUUUUUCUAUGCCACUAAUAUUUUUCCAUAUUAAUAAGUAUUACCUAGUACUUGUUUUGGGUUUGUGAAAAUAAUGUUGAAUAUUAGAGAAAUAAUUUAUGCGCACAAAUGAUGUAAAUAUUUGGUGAAUGUGCCUUCCGCAAAUUGUGUGAUUCAACAGAUUUGUACGUGACGAGUCGCAACUUAACUUGUUUUGAAUAAUUCACCAUCUCAAUGAUUAUGGAUUUUUUUACAAAAGUUUCAAGCUUAAGAUUACGUACGUCAUGGUGUUACCACAGCUUAUCAGUAUGGAAUAACUAAACAGCCAUAGGUAAUCGACAAAGUGCAUUAUCUGAGGUGUGUUGUCCUUAUCGAGAAACACCGUCGAUUGUACCUGUGAUGAUUAUACCGACAAAUUUAUAAGAAUAAAAAAAGGAUUUGUAUUCAUAUCUUUUUGAGGAAUAAAUGUACCUAUUGAGUACAUGUAUCUCUGUC